AUGACUAGUUCACCAGAAACAUCUUCAACAACAGACACAUCCACAAUCACAAAAACUCCUGUGAAAAUAUCCAUCACUAGUGCAACAGAAACCUCUUCAAACACAGAGACUCCCACAAAUGCAAAAACUCCUGCGGAAAAAUCCAUCACUGGUGCUGCAGAAACAUCUUCAACAACACAGACUUCCACAAUCACAAUAAGUGCAACUGAAACAUCAACGACUAAUUCACCAGAAACAUCUUCAACAACAGAGACUCCCACAAACGCAAAAACUCCUGCGGAAACAUCCAUCACUGAAACAUCUACAACAACAGAGAAUCCCACAAUCACAACAUCUGCUGAAAUAUCCACCACUGGUAUAGCAGAAACAUCUACAACAACAGAGACUACCACAAUCACAACAACUCCUGCUGAAACAUCCACCACAAGUGCAGCAGAAUCAUCUACAACAACAGACACUCCCACAGUAACAACAACUCCUGCUGAAACAUCCACCACUGGUGUAGCAGAAACAUCUACAACAACAGAGACUCUCACAAUCACAACAACUACUGCUGACACAUCCACCACUGAUGUAGCAGAAACAUCUACAACAACAGAGACUCCCACAAUCACAGCAACUACUGCUGAAACAUCCACCACUGGUGUAGCAGAAACAUCUACAACAACAGAGACUCCCACAAUCACAACAACUACUGCUGAAACAUCCACCACUAAAACAUCUACAACAACAGAGACUACCACAAUCACAACAACUCCCGCUGAAACAUCCACCACAAGUGCAACAGAAUCAUCUACAACAACAGACACUCCCACAGUAACAACAACUCCUGCUGAAACAUCCACCACUGGUGUAGCAGAAACAUCUACAAAAACAGAGACUCCCACAAUCACAACAACUACUGCUGAAACAUCCACCACUGAUGUAGCAGAAACAUCUACAACAACAGAGACUCCCACAAUCACAACAACUACUGCUGAAACAUCCACCACUGGUGUAGCAGAAACAUCUACAACAACAGAGACUCCCACAAUCACAACAACUACUGCUGAAACAUCCACCACUAGUCCAGCAGAAACAUCUACAACAACAGAGACUCCUACAAUAACAACGACUCCUGCGGAAACAUCCACCACUGGUGCAGCAGAAACAUCUACAACAACAGAGACUCCCACAGUCACAACAACUCCUGCUGAAACAUCCACCAGUAGUCCAGCAGAAACAUCUACAACAACAGAGACUCCCACAAUCACAACAACUCCUGCUAAAACAUCCAUCACCGGUGCAGCAGAAACAUCUACAACAACAGAGACUACCAAAAACACAACAACUCCUGGUAGCUCCAGCAGCAUUGUCUGGUACAGGUACAGGUAG